CACUCAAAGAAGACCUCCAGACCUCAGGCGAGACAAGUAGCUGAACAAAAAGUGUGCUACUCCACGAAUUUCAUUUUCUAGUUUCGCACGUUUUCUUCUUCUGAAGAACUGCGGAUAGCUAACAGCACGUCCUGAUGGUGCUGUCCUGGUGCCCCAGCGGCCAUGACACCCUCACCUAUCUGCCACCAGUGCUGGGCUGCACUGUUGAGCCACGCUGCUCGUCUCAGGCCUGGUGUCCUUUGAGGUUGGAGGCUGUACCAGAUCAUGUGCCACAGUGUUCCUAGUGGCGCUGAGCCCCAUCAUACUGCCGCAGGGUCCAGCCCAGCACGAGCAGCACCCACUGACAGCAGGGUGCCCACAGGGCAUGCAUCAUCAGGUGAAGAAAGUGGUCAUGAGGAAAUCAAGGGGAAACAACCCGGAGGAGGGACCCCCACACUCACAGGACAUUUACGACUUCUCCCUGGAGGGAGACGAGCCCAAAAUUUUCUUGCGGGGAGGCGGUGGGACGGUCUCUCCCCUGGUGGAGUACAUCCGAGCUGAACACCAGCACUAUGCUGCCUUCCCUGCCCUCACAGCUGGGCUGGGGCUGUUCGCCGGUACCCCCGAGUCCCCUGGGACGGCCGACUCCUCUUCACAGAAGAAGAAGCGCAAAAGGUGUGGGGUGUGCAUCCCAUGCCUCCGCCGAGAAAACUGUGGUAGCUGUACCAACUGCUUCAAUCGCAAGACCGGCCACCAGAUCUGCAAGCUGCGCAAAUGCAUCGAGCUGAAGAAGAAGAAAGGCAGUUGGUCAUCUUUGUCUACAUUAGAGGAGGAAUCUCAACAGAAAUUGGAACAAACAAGACCAAAGCAGCAAAGUCAUGAGAGCAAACAGAGAGACCUGCAGCUGAACUGUGAUUCCAACACCAAUGAACUACAGCAGCUCCAGGUGGGAUUUAAGGACAAUAAUAAAGCCCAGACCAGGACCCCAGCACUGGCGGCAGAGACAGGUUCCAGGGUGGGUUCAGUGGAUGGCCCCAGAAGAGGCCAGAUGGAAGUUGGGUCAAGUGACCACGGAGAGGAAAAUGGGCUGAACCUGGGCCUCGUAAAUGGGGCCAGCAGGCAGCCAAGUGAGGAGGAGGAGGGCAGAGAUGGACAGGAGGAGGUGAACAGUACACUUGCAUUCACAGAGGGAGCUCAACAGGCCUGGACAGAAGAGGCCAAAAAGAUGGUGCCACCACAUCUCCUGCGAGAACACCAGCAGAACCCAGCCAAUGGAUGCUGGGACAAUCAGGAGGCUCACCCAGAUUUGCCUUGUACCACAGACUCUACUGCCACUACUACAAGCACUUUUGCUGGUGCUACACACAAUGAUGUGGACAUGGAAGAUGCCAGGAAUUUGGUUGCCUUUUCCACCACUCCAGUGUCCAUGCUGCCUCCAUAUAGCACUGCAGGCAUAGGCAUGGCAGAGCUACAGACCAUGCAUCUAUAUGAGAAAUUCAACCAAGAAAUGAACACAGGUGGUGUCAGUCGUGGGAAAACAGAGGCAAAGGGAGGAAGUGUGGGAACUGGACAUGGCUGUACUGAAGACUUGAACACCUUGCAAAUGGCUCUGAAACUAGCCAAGCACGGCACAAAGCCACCCAACUGCAACUGUGAUGGCCCUGAGUGUCCAGAUUACUUGGAGUGGCUUGAGAAAAAAAUUAAACUGGCUACAGGGGAUGAGCAACAGUGUUCUGCUCCAAAUACUAGCCCCCAACCACAGCCUCUUAACAGGGCCUCCCAGUGCCCCUUGCCCCUUUCCGCUUCAACUCCGGUGCCCCCAGACACCGUGAAUGCUGAAGACCAGGCUGUCCAUCCAGAAGCCCCCCUGCCUUACUCUCCAAGCGUGCUGUCCAUUGCUAAGGAGAAGAACAUCAGCCUGCAAACAGCCAUCGCAAUAGAGGCGCUUACCCAGCUCUCCUCAACAGUGCCCCAGACAGUGGUACCACCUGGGGAGUCUUCAUCAGCAAACCACCUUUUCUAUCAAAAUCACCAUAAUCAUUAUCAUCGUUAUCCUAAUCAUGGUAAUGGAUUCCAGUCUUCCGGUGGUCCCAUCUCUUCCUCACUCACAACUUGUGGUUCUAGAGACCAGUCCUCUACACCAGCCCCUCCCUCUUCUAUAUCUCCCAUGAAUGCUGACCUGAGCUCCCAACAGUCCAUCCAAUAUCCAACCUCAUCAAACCAUGGAAACUCCCACUUGCUUCCCCAUCAGGCCCAGUUCUUUACAAGCUCUUCAGCCCUGCAAGGUAACCAAUCCCGGGGACACCACAAAAUCCAGCCCCAAGAUGACUCUCCACUGCACCACCCUGCUAAUUCUUCUACUGCUUCUGCUGUGACCAACAGCCAACAAAGCCAGCACCACCGUGCAUCUCCUCAUCCCUCUGUCUCUCCGUUUGCUCACUCAGGCCCCAGCUCCCAGCCCCUGCCAGGAAAUACCCAGGUUCAGUGGCAGAGCAGUUGUGAGAAGCCCAGAAAACCAGUCAAUAAUUGGAUGAUGCUGAACUCCCAACAGCCCAGCUUUCCUGGCUGUGACCCCAUGUCUGAGUUGCAGCAACUGUUAGGUGACACGAGUGGGAAGUACAUCGGUAAGUCUUCUAACAAGAUCCCAGAAAUGCUACAACAGCAACACCCUCAACUGCAUAAUGAACAAGUAAAGGACAAAGGCGCAUCAGUGGCCAGAAUUAAACAGGAGCCCUUCAGUGAGGGAGACUUUCCAGGAAAAUUUUAUGGGAUGGCCAAUGGGCAGCAAUCAAGACACCCCAUGUCUCCAGGCAGUGCUAUUCACCACAAGACCCAGGUUGCUCUGCAGCAGCACCUUAACCACAAGAGGAGUCUCUUCCAGGACCAGUCAGACCAGACCUCAGCUCUGCCCUCCAGCUUUCAGGACCUCAGGAAAUGGUGGCCCCAUCCUGGAGGAGACUUGAGUAUAAAGCAAGAGCUCAAGGAAAUAAAAAAGAAGAAGACUAGCCAAACGUCUCAAUAUCUUAAACAACAGCAGGCCCUUUUGGGCUUGCAGCCACAGAUGCCCCAAUUAACUAAGCCCAAACAGAUUAUAAUCAAGAAGCCCAAACAGAAAGCUUCCAUCCCCCCCUUCCUCCCACAGUUCCAGAUAACCGUGCAAAAACCACGAAAGCUGGAAGAGAGCCCCACUACCACACCAGCGGUAUCAACAGUGGCCAGGCAGGAAGGGCUCCGACACAUUUUGCCUGAGGACCCCUUCCUGGUCAAUAGUUACCUAGAUCAUCAUGCAGUGGUGGGUCAUUUGGCUGAGAGCAACACUCAGGAAUCAAUUUUGAAUAGUGCUAGUGCUUCUACUACUACUCCUACUUCUACUGCACUGGGCUUGGCUGUCCAAGCCUUUGGUCAGUCUGUAUCUUUGCAGAGCGGAAGUGUGAAUAAUUCCCAGCUAUCUUCCUGUAUCCCAGAGUCCACCUCUACCCCCCCAGCUCCUACAUCCCAGCCUUCUUUGAGCUCUGAUGGCCUUUCUCUCAACAGUGAAGGCAGGACAGCUCAGGCCAGUUCCGGGCUGAACAUCCCAGAAGAGCCAUUGAAUAGCACCAGCCUGUCAGCUUCAGGGAUUUCCAGCUCUGCUCCUGAUGGUUUGAAUUCCAUAGAUGACAAAUUUGAGGAGCUGAUCAGGCAGUUUGAGGCAGAGCUUGAAGACCGUGUGGCGGUCCCUUCCCAAACCCAGACCCAGAUUCAAACUAAAGCCCAAGCCCCAGUCACAAUCCGGGCUCCAGUGCAGGAGCCUCAGCCUAACUCUAACUCUAACUCAGGACAAGCCAUUGAUUCUGAAGACUCUUCAGGUCUGGCUUCUGCUAACGGUGCUUUGCAAAUGCCCAAUGUCCUUGGUCUGCCAGGAGAAGAAAUGUUAGUGAAGAUGGAAGUGGAUGGAGAGAAGAGCACAACCUUGGGUGUAGUCCCUGCCAAUCCUCUAGUACAGGAGGAUAGGGGGGAAGUUGGGGCACCACCUCAGGGGAUAGGUUGUCCCUCAGUGCCCCAGCCACUCCAAGAGGCCCUUCUACAGCAGCAACAACACAGAGUCUUGGAAGACCCCUUUACCAUCCCUUUCUCUAGCCCUCAUUCCCCAGUUAAGAAGAUAAAGGUUGAAUCCUCAGGCGGUAUCACUGUGCUGUCCACUACGGCCUGCUUUUCCACUGAAGAUGAGACCCCCACAAAGAAUGAACCCCCCCUCACACCAUCACUCAGUGGGUUUCUGGAGUCACCCCUGCGCUACCUGGACACCCCUACCAAGAGCUUGCUGGAUACCCCAGCCAAGGAUGCCCAGUCAGAGUUCCCUAUGUGUGACUGUGUGGAGCAGAUUAUAGAGAAGGACGAGGGGCCAUACUACACCCACCUGGGAUCUGGGCCUAAUGUGGCCUCCAUUCGUGAGCUGAUGGAAAGCAGGUAUGGGGAGAAGGGUGAAGCAAUCCGCAUUGAGAAGGUGAUCUACACGGGCAAGGAAGGCAAAAGCUCUCAGGGAUGUCCCAUCGCCAAAUGGGUGAUCCGGCGUGCCAGCGAGGCGGAGAAGCUCCUGUGCUUGGUGCGGAAGCGGGCAGGCCACCAUUGUGCCCAUGCCGUCGUCAUCAUCCUCAUCCUGGCCUGGGAGGGUGUGCCCCGCGAGCUGGGAGACAAGCUAUACCACGAGAUCAGCGAGACUCUCACCAAGUACGGCAACCCUACCAGCCGGCGCUGCGGACUCAAUGAUGACCGCACCUGUGCCUGCCAGGGAAAGGAUCCGGAGACCUGUGGAGCUUCCUUCUCCUUUGGGUGCUCCUGGAGUAUGUACUUCAAUGGGUGCAAAUAUGCACGAAGCAAGACCCCACGCAAAUUCAGAUUGCAAGGAGACAACCCCAAGGAGGAGGAGAAUCUCAGGGAUCAUUUCCAGGACUUGGCCACAAAGGUUGCUCCCCUUUACAAAAGGCUCGCCCCCCAGGCUUACAGCAACCAGACUGCCACAGAAAAGUCAGCCCCAGAUUGCCGGCUGGGUCUGAAGGAAGGCCGCCCAUUCUCAGGGGUCACCGCCUGCAUGGAUUUCUGUGCCCACGCCCACAAGGACCAGCACAACCUAUACAAUGGCUGCACUGUGGUGUGCACUCUGACAAAGGAAGAUAACCGCACUGUAGGCCAGAUCCCUGAAGACGAGCAGCUCCAUGUGCUCCCACUCUAUAAGGUCUCCUUGACUGAUGAGUUUGGCAGCGAGGAACGCCAGCGCCAGAAGAUAGAGUCUGGUGCAAUCCAGGUGCUCACCAACUUCCGUCGUGAAGUGCGCAAGUUGCCCGAGCCUGCCAAAUCAUGUCGACAGCGCAAAUUGGAGGCCAAGAAAGCUGCGUCUGAGAAGAAGAAAGGUCAGAAACAGCUGGAAACACCAGAGAAGAUCAUGAAGACGGAGCUAAGCCACAUGGGGCCCCCUACACAGCAGCACUGUAACAAAGGAAUCCCAAAACAGGAAGUGAAGCCCACCAUCAAGAUGGAGCCCAAGGAAAAUUUUAAGUCAUACAAUGGGAACAGCAAUGGUGUCCUGGAGAGCUAUUCUGUCCUUGGCAACUGCCGCCCCUCUGACCCUUACAGCAUGAACAGUGUCUAUUCCUACCCCUCAUACUAUGCAAGGAAUGGCCUCCCUGCCACCUCUCCCAAUGGCUUCCACCCCAACCUCCCAGUGCCCUACAGCUUAUAUAACUACCCACCCAACCACAUCUUUCCACCACAGUUCCUAAACUACGAUGGCCACAGUGGUAGCUGGCCUAAAGCCACCAUUUAUGAGAAGAAGCCGGAUGUCCAGACACUGCAGGCCAGCCUUGGGAAAUCAUCAUUCCCAGACUACCCAGAGCAAUCCCAAGGGGUCACCCCCUCAAAAACCGGUUAUCCCCUCCAUUCCCUGGUCCCUGCAUCUCCAGAGUUUGCCCAGCCCCUGGUCCCACCACACCGAAAUCACCAGGCCCCUGAAGGUGCCCGGCGGAGUUUUCCAAGCCCUCUGACCAAAAUGAUCAAGCAGGAGCCAAUCGAUAGCCCUCAGUACACAGACUGUGGUGGAGCAGCGGGAGGGGAUGCAAAUCCUCCUGCCAGGGAUGACAUAACCCAUGGAUCAAUACAGGGUCCCAGCCCAGGCCCACAGCACGAGCAAUGGCCUGGAUACAAGAUGAAUGGGAAUCUAGGAUCAGAGUCCUGGGAUAGCAAUCGUAAAGUCUCCACUCCACAUGAUGGUAGGAAAUCCUGGGCUUCAUCCCCCUCCUCUUUUGCUCCCAGCCCUGCAGAAACUCGGAAUGUAUUGGAGAAGCCACACCAACACCAACAGCAGCAACAGUGGAGCUCAUUUUCGGGUGCAACCACUCCUCUCCCCUCUCCCUCUCCCUCCCCUUCCCCAUCCCUCCCUUUGACACCUUCCCCUGCUCCUUCUUGCUCUCCUCAUGUCCCUAAUACCAGCUGGGGCACCUUUGGCAGUCCUGGUGAAGGUUGUUGCCCAUCCCCUAACCCACAAGGAAAAUCCUGGAACUCAAAUGGAUACAAUGCAAACUUAAAGAGGGCCACACCUGUAGGGGGGUUCCCAGAUAAGCUGUGGUGCAAAGAUGGAGAGGGCAGAGGAUCUACACCUUUGGGGCUACAGGAGAAAGCAUGGAAGUCUUGUGGAGGCUCUGCAGCUGCCAGUACCCUUACACCAACCCCUGUGCCCACCCCAGAGGGCAGGCUGUACCCAGAUGCUUUCCAAGCAUCAGAUAUUACCAACAAUAAAAUGUUCUGGGACCCAUAUGGGCUAGAGGGUGAGGAGAAGAUGGAGCAGCAAUCGCAGGUGAAGGAAGAAGAGGAGGUAUGGUCUGAUAGUGAGCACAACUUCCUAGAUCCCAACAUCGGGGGGGUGGCAGUGGCUCCGGCACACGGGUCAAUCCUCAUUGAGUGUGCCCGCCGCGAGCUGCAUGCUACCACGCCACUCAAGAAACCCAACCGCUGCCACCCGACUCGCAUCUCCCUGGUUUUCUACCAGCACAAGAACCUCAACCAGCCCUGCCAUGGCCUGGCACUGUGGGAGGCCAAGAUGAAGCUGUUGGCAGAGCGGGCACGGCAACGACAAGAGGAGGCAGCCCGGCUAGGGCUGCCACAGGAGGACAUCAAGGCCUAUGGCAAGAAGCGCAAGUGGGGAGCGGCAGGCAGCAACAGCUCGGCAGCUUCAGGAAACAGUGCAUCUGGACAGAGCCAGAGCAAGGACAAGAAAGAAGGCAUUCAUACGCGGCAUGCGCCCACACCACACACAAACUCUCUUGUCACUGUUUCACCAUACGCACACACCCAGCUCACUGGGCCCUACAGCCGCUGGGUGUGAGAGACUCCCCGUGCAAGGGGAUCAAAAGGACGGGAAGUUUUUUUGGUGCUGGGGUGGCCAAGAAGAGAAGGAAAAUCUUUCUCUCCUUCCUAGUUGGUUCUGCUUUGGAGUUUUUAAAGUUUUUUUUCAUUUUUUUACCUCAAAUUCUGCAGCAGUGCAGUCACUCCCUGUCACAGGGUGUUCCUGCAAACAGGCUGCUCGUGGUGCUCUCCCUCUCUCUAUUGUCAGAGGGAUUACAUUGUUUCUUUCCCUUCUUACUAUAAUGAUCCCUACUAUUAUUAUUGUUGUUGGUGGUGUUAUUACUGGUAUUGUUAUUAUUAUGACAUUGAUGAUUUCUAUUAUUAUUAUUUGAUUAUUAAUAUUAUUUUAAUGUUAUGAUUUUUUUGGGACGGGGGCACAGAUGGAAUACGACCCCUCUUGCAGUCCUGCUCACUCCUGCCCCCAAAUCACAAAUAGUGCAGAACAACAUUUUUCAUUCAUUCUUUUUGCGAGAAUAUGUUUAUAAGAAGGUUUGACCUGUAAACAGGGGGCAGGCCAGAUUACAGAAGCGACAAAAAGGAAACAGAAAAAGCAAACAAGAACAUCAAAGCGGAAUACAACACCUUGGAAGUCUCCUAUUUAUAACCUUUUUAUCCAGGAAAAAUACCUGAAGAAGAAGAAAAAACGAAAUAAUUUUAAAACAUAAGUUAAGAAGAUAAUAACAAUGACUUUGUAGCUUCUUCUAAUGUGAGAAGUUUCAUAAAGUCUAUUUUAAUAGCUAUUUAUUUUAAUUGUUUUUAAGUUGUUUUUUUAUCAGUGACAAAAUUAUAUUUAAGUCAAUGAUAAGCAAACAGAGAGAGCUCUUCUCCUCCCAAGUCAUGGUCUUCACUGUUCUUAAAAAGAAGGAGGAGGUGCAUUUCUCUGCAUCAAAAAGAAAACAAUGUCUUGUUCUGUAUCUUGGGCCCUCAGACACCACCUGUAUCAAUGCACAGUGAUGCCCCUUUUUAGUGAAAUCUCUGACUCUUUAAACAAAAGACCUCUGACAGCUCUCUGUAGACACACUUGAACAUUGCUCACACUAUCAUGAUUACUCAGCUGCUUUUUCGUUAUUUCAUUGGUGCUUCAGACUUACCUAAAUAAUGGGGUGCCUCAUGUUUGCCUUUUACCAUUUUCCCUGCAUCUUGCUCAGCACGCAGUGCCACCUGCAGUAAUCUGAAUUAGUUCAGGACUUAAAAACCCCUUUACGAGACUGCUGGCUUUCUCCAUCCUUUUCAAUAGGCCCUUGCUAAAAAUUUGGCCAUGCAUAAUGUUAACUGGUGUUUCUUAGCCUUGGUUCAAGAAAAUGAUGUUAUCUAUCAGUCCAGGUUGGCUUGAUUGCCCUCCAACUCCUUACAGUACUGUUAGAUAAUGACAGAUAGACAUUUACUCCACACCCUUGUGAAUUGGUGCUGAGAAAAGUCCCAUGGUACUGUUCUCUCUCUCUCUCUCUCUCUCUCAGAAUAUAAUUGAGCCUGACUACGAGUGUGACUUUGAGAGUGCCUUGCACUGAUAUUUUCAUUCUCCUGUCAGAGCACAAACACAAGACCACCAAAGAAGUAAAGACCUUAUUAGAAAUGAGAAACCCAUGCCUUACUGUUCUAGCAGUCAGGGGUGGACAGAAGGGAACAAUGCCUUCCAUUGCUUUACUGCAAGGAACAUUUAGAAAACCGUCUCUUUAGAAAACGGCAUGAAUGCAAACAACCUGUCUGACCUAUUAACUGCUUGUUUGUGACACGAGUGGUGCUGUAUUGUUUUAUGCAAUGCUACAGGUACAGAUCAGCGUGCCUUAAAAGUAGAAGAAACUGCGUGCUGUAGCAGUGAGGGAAUUGGUUUGUGUGCUUGGCAGACAGAAACACUUCAUUAUUUCUUCUCUAUUCAAAUGCAACAGCCUUCUCUUCACACAGGUGCAAACUAAUGGUGCCAUUCUGACGUACUGUAGUCAAUUAAACAAAAAUGGUGCUUUUUCACAUUUUACUGUCCAUAAUACAGGACCAGAGAGAACAGAGGAUCACCAAGCUGUGUGUGCACAGAACAUAUGCAGUACACACACCAACUACCAGCGUUACAGAUGAAAAAUUUUGUGUAGCUGCCUCACAUAACAGCUGCUGCAGUGAGCAUUGAUAUACCAGAUAUUAGGUGUAUUGAUACUUACUGGAGCCAUUUAAAAUAACACCAAGAGAA